UGCGUCGCCAGGAGAUUGCAACGAUCGAAGAAAAUUUGAGAAAUCGUUUGAGAAUUUGCUUGGAAUGACUCUCUCGCCAUUUGUGUUUCUCAGGAGAUGCUCCCCUCUUCGACUAGGACGAUUCUGUUGCAAGCGAUGUUUCAGAAUUCGCCAAGGUUUAAUCGUAGUAAGUGUGCUUGGGUUAAUGUAUCUUACGAUAAAUGCCCCACCAGAAAACUUACACGGCGAGAUAUUUAAAGAAGACAAGGGUAGUAUCGACAAUCAAAGCUUUACAGUCAAGGCAGGGUAUUUGAAUGUCCACACAUGGUUUGGGAUAUGUGGAACAGCAGUUGAUAAUUUGAGAUUAUGGCCUCAUUUUCCGUAUCUACCGGAUAAGCGUUCUUCUAUUUCGAGAUUUCGAAGAACUCAAGACCAUGCUUCAAACAACAAUGGCGAAAGAAUUUUUGGUUUCGUCCACCCGCAUAGCGGCGGUGCUUACCAAUUUGCCAUCACUUCAGACGAUGCGUCGGAGUUAUGGCUGAGCUGCAAUGAAAGUGUUGCGUUUAGUGAAAUAAUCGCCCGUGUUUACUCUCCUAGUGAGUCUGCUUGGACUGAAGAAGGAGACUACACGAAAUAUCCUGAACAAAUAUCUAAAAAGAUUACCCUUCAAGCCAAUAAGAGAUAUUACAUCGAGACUUUGAGUAAGCAAGGUUCAGGUGCAGCUCAUGUGGCUGUAUAUUGGUCCUUCAAUUCUUCAAAGUUCGAAAUUAUAUCUUCAAAGUUUUUGUCGAAUUUUUCCGAAAGCAAGAGUCAUGAAUCUUUUCCUUCGCACGCGGGAAAACAAGAAGACAUUUCGAUUCAAGAGAAAGGCGAUUCAUUUUAUUUCAAUCGUCUCCCAUUGUUGGAUAGAAAGGUAUACAUUAGUUAUCUUCCAACAUGUCCGUACAGUCCAAGCUUUUUGGUGCGAAGAAAACUCGGGACACAUGAGGCGGCGUGGAAAUGGAUGGCAAAGGAAUCAUAUGUUUAUCCAAAGGAUGAUACUGACAUGAUCAGGAGUAUUUCUCCACCAUACUGGACCAAACCUAAUCCUCUUACUAAUGAGAGUACAGUUGAAUCAGUCGUCAACAAGUUUGUUACAGUGAGCUCCUUGCAGUCAAGUGGGUAUUUUUUGAAAAAGAUUCACAAAGUCAUCCACAAGCCGGAUCCCGAGAACGGUGAUCGUUUCUUAUUGAACCUUGAACUUGGCUCAAACAACACCAAUCAAAUAUUUCGGCUGUCAGAGCACGUUUACCAGCCGAAAGGAAAAGACAACUUGUGCCUUCCUGAUGGAAUGAACUGGAAUAACAGCGCUAAGGUCUACUUCAUUCUACCUGUGAAGGAUCAAGGAAAAUGGGUGCAGCAUUUUAUUCAUCAACUUACUGACGCCAGUCUAUUAACCAAUGACACGAAUUUUCACGUAAUGGUGAUUGACUUUGAAAGUAAAGACAUCGAUAUGGCCAAGGCUUUCAACACACCUCUACUCAGCAGUAGACAUAACAUCAUUUCACUGACUGGUAAAUUCUACAAAACACUUGCCUUAAACAAGGCCGUCCAGUUUGUUCCCAAUGCUUAUGACAUCAUUUUCCUUUUCGAUCUUCACGUUGAUGUUCCAGCAGGCAUCAUGGACAGCGUGCGAAUGAACACCAUCGCAGGCCGGAUGGCUUACUUUCCUGCUGUUGGUCGACUAGAGUGCGGCAGUUCUUCUGUAGAACACAGAGGCUUUUGGCAAAUGAACGGCUACGGAUUUUUGGCCAUAUACAAGUCAGACUGGGACAAAUUUGGUGGAAUGAAUACAAAGGACUACCAGUACAGCUGGGGAGGGGAGGACUGGGAUUUACUUGACCGCGUGAUGAUGUUACCUGUGGAAGUGGAACGGAUUAGGCAUCCAGGCCUUUAUCAUCAUUAUCAUCCCAAACAGAGAAAGUGGAAUUAGUAUGGUAACUACUGAAGCACACUUCUAAGCAUAAAUAACAAGGAAAAAAGAAUACAGCAGGAGUCGUGGGAAGCUUAUACAGGACCGGGUUUACACUGGAAGCUAAAAUAACUUGGACAUUUAGUCUGUGUGUUCAAUAUUCGGUUCGAUUUUGUUAUAUAUUAGUCUGAAUUUCAGCUGUCUCUCCCCUUUACCCCAAGGGGGCGCUUGGGGUAAAGGGGAGAGACGGCUGAAAUUCAGACUAGUUAUAUAUAUGAACAUCUCCUUAAUAACGCAAUCGAAUUUACCACAAUAAUGCGCAAGCAUGUGGAAAAGAGGUGCUGCAGUCUCUUGCCACUGGUUUCUAGACGGAGUUUACUGUCCGCCUGCGCGCCCCAACGGGUCUCCACGCGCAUCAUACGUCCUCCAUCACACAGGGAACUUAAACAUAACACGAUUUUGGUUUGACAACCGAGGGUCUUGCUUCUUGCAGCUUGAAAUCUCCAAUGAGCCCCGAUUUGCAAAUACAGGACAGAUAGCACUGUUUUAAUUAAUCCUUGAUCUGUGAGCUGCAGGAUUCAUUCGCUUGUAAAGAUAGAUGGAGCUACUUGUGUGAUGGCUGUAUACGAAUAGAACCAUGGCGACUACCCAGAACAUUAACGUUGGAGCCGAAUAUUUAAUUCUCUUUGAAGGAAAAAAAGGACGGAUAUUGAAUUCGGCUUCAGGUCUAGCCUUGCUGCGACGAUUUACGGA